AUGUCCAAAUAUGACGAUGUUAAGAGACUGCACAUACCAGAAGCAUUUUACAUCAAACACACCCAUCCAUCCAGUUAUCACCAGCGAGCAUGUGCCUUGGUUCGUCCUUCCUUGAAUAUGAUCAAGAUGACCUACCAGUUCAUCUUCAACCCCACCAACGCAGCACACCAACGUAGCCCACCAACGCAGCCCACCAACGCAGCCCACCAACGCAGCCCACCAACGCAGCCCACCAACGCAGCCCACCAACGCAGCCCACCAACGCAGCCCACCAAUGCAGCCCACCAACGCAGCCCACCAACGCAGCCCACCAACGCAGCACACCAACGCAGCACACCAACGCAUCCCACCAAAGCAGCCCACCAACGCAGCCCACCAACGCAGCCCACCAACGCAGCACACCAACGCAGCCCACCAACGCAGCCCACCAACGCAGCCCACCAACGCAGCCCACCAACGCAGCCCACCAACGCAGCCCACCAACGCAGCCCACCAAAGCAGCACACCAACGCAGCACACCAAAGCAGCACACCAAAGCAGCACACCAACGCACCCCACCAACGCAGCACACCAACGCACCCCACCAAUGCACCCCACCAAAGCAGCACACCAACGCACCCCACCAACGCAGCCCACCAACGCAGCACACCAAUGCACCCCACCAACGCAGCACACCAACGCAGCCCACCAACGCAGCCCACCAACGCAGCACACCAACGCACCCCACCAACGCAGCCCACCAACGCAGCACACCAAUGCACCCCACCAACGCAGCCCACCAAUGAACUUGUCCUCUCGACAAAGUAA